GAGGAGCAGUUUCGCAGCGCAGAAUGGGCAUAAACGUGAGCCGUCAGGUUGAGCUGAGUGAGAACGAAUAUCUGCAACGAUUUGUCGGCAAAACGCACGUCCCGGCAUACGAUGACGACUUUUGGAACAACUUCCUACAGUACCACAUCAAUCUACCCACGAAUAGCCAAGAGCAGCUGAGUUUGGAUUCGCGGCUGGAAGCGCUUUGCCAGAGCUUCAUCAGCCACAAUCUGCUGACCGGAAACUUUGGCUCACUGGUUAACGUGUUCCUGUUGAAAGUUUCGGAACUGCUGACGUUAUCGGACGCCGAAAGCAAUGUACACAUCUGGCAUGCGUUCAACGCGCUGUUCAUCAUCCGUUGCCUGGUGAAGUAUAUGAUCGAAACGGGCUCGGAGUAUCAGCUGUUGCAGCACUUCGAAGCACUACCCGCACAAACACCGGAUAACGAUGUUCCGUCGGGUACGACGCCUGAUCCGAACACGCACGCAAUUGCGAUCGAUGCGCGGGUCGUGGAGGAAACGCGAGCCGCCGUAGCGAAGCUGGUCGAUGGAACUAAGUUCGAAACGUUUCUCGAAGCGCUUGUCAACAUCAUCGUCGUGAUACCGGUGAAGGAAUUCACAUAUCAUCUUCACCUGGAAGCGGUGAACUGUAUGAUCAUUCUCCUUUCCGUCAGCCUGUUCUCGCAGCAGGCGAUGGAAAAGUCAACCAUCUAUCGCGCGAUCUAUCGUUGCCAGCACGCCAACACGCUAAUGAGCGCACUGUUGCACUUCCUGAGCCGUAUGAGCCAAUCCCCACAAACCAUGUUCGGUUUCGGGACGGGCGGUUCGUUCGUGUUUGGUAUCGCCGAGUCGCUUUGGUCGAUACUGACGUUUGCCCGCAAGCAGCCCGACAUACUGACCGCACACGAUCUUCCAAGCGCGUUCCGCGAGCACUACCCGCUAGCUAACCAGAGUUUGCUGCUGAUCCUGAUCCUCACCAAUCACCACGCCACGAAAGACAACCCGUACCGUAUCAGUCUUUUUGGAUGUUGCGAUUCACAAGAUUCUCCCAAGGAUGAACCGGCAACGUUCAAGAUCGAUUUCUCUUCCUUAUACAACACACUGUGCCGAAUAGUGACCAUCGAUCAGGCCACCCUACUGCUGUAUCUGUUGCUUUAUCGAAACCAAAGAUUUCACAAGUAUGUGAUGGCACAGUCGAACCUACAGCAGCUUGUUAUUCCGAUUCUGCAGACCCUCUACAACGCUCCAGACAGUACGUCACAUCACAUUUACAUGUCGCUAAUUGUGCUGCUCAUUCUGAGCGAGGACGAUAAUUUUAACAAGAGCGUUCACCAGACAAUGCUAAAGAACGUCACCUGGUACACGGAACGUUCGAUCAGUGAGAUCUCCCUCGGUGGCCUAUUGAUACUGGUCGUCAUUCGAACGAUUCAGUACAACAUGUUAAAAAUGAGGGACAAGUAUCUGCACACAAAUUGUCUCGCCGCCUUGGCCAACAUGUCCGGACAGUUUCGUUCCCUACACCCGUACGUCGCCCAACGGUUGGUGAGUCUUUUCGAAACGCUAGCCAAGAAGCACGCACGAUUGGAUCAACAGCUCAAACAUCCCGAAGCUAACGGUGAGACGGACGUCUCGAUAUCUAUGGCUGGCGCAUUGACCUCAGAAGACAUGUUGCAGGAUCUGUCGGUGCUAGAGGAAGUACUUCGUAUGGUGCUGGAGAUACUGAACUCCUGUCUGUCCCAUCAGCUAGUGUACUGUCCCAAUCUGGUGUACACACUGCUGUACAAACGCAGCGUCUUCGAGGCCUUCCGAAGUCAUUCGGCAUUUCAGGAUAUCAUACAGAACAUUGAUAUGGUGGUAGGAUUCUUUUCAUCGCGGCUACAACGGGUACAGGACCAACGUGGUGAGCUGGGCGUCAGCGAGGUGCUGGAAGUUAUAUCGAAAGGUGCCAGCCAGUGGUCUAGUGAUCGAUUACGGAAAUUCCCCGAUCUGAAGUUCAAGUACGUGGAGGAAGAUGCGCCGGAGGAAUUUUUCAUACCCUACGUCUGGACCCUCGUAUGUAAGGCUGGCUGUGUACACUUUAGUUCCGAAACCAUCAAAGGUGUCACGACGGAUAUCGUUUGUUAACGUAAGCACCCGUACCCUCGACACUGUAGAUUAUUGUUUGGUCUUUUAAAGUAUCCCUUCCUUUCUAUGUUUAAGGUUUGGUAUUUUGAAUUAAUUACUUCCAUGCUAUAGAGCGCUACUGAUCACGCUACUGCACGAUGCAGUUGCGGUUUUUGAAUUCUUUUUCUCAACUUUUAAAAUGCAUUCCCACAAGAAGCUGCUUAUUAGACUUUGUUGCGCCGCAGUCCCGCUCUUACUGGGCUAUGACCUCUCUUAUGCGAUUUGUUGAUGUGUUUUUGUGUUCCUGAAUAAUUUAUCAAUUUUUAUGAAAUGUUUUCGUGUUGGUGACCGUGUAAGAAACGAUCGAACUCUGGGCUCAGCAGACCAACGGCAGCGUAUGCACCUUGGUAGCAAAACCGGUAAGACUGGAACAUACGGGCUACAGUAACAGGCAAUAAGGAACCCUUUACAGCGAGGACAUGAUAAUAAUAACUUCCAACACUCUCUGCGUUCUUAAGACGAGACUUAUUUACGCUCAGCAGAGUGUUGUUGUGAGAGGAUAAACUUUAACGAAAAAAUGCUACGCGCAGGAAACGAUGGACUCGAAUGUAACGCAAGCCAGGGUUGGGCAGGAUGUUUAGAAUAUUCUUAAAUUGCAAAGAAAGCUUAACAAGUCGCUACGUGACACUCUGCCACAAAUGAAGCGCAAAAGCGCAUGAUGUAACCGUGCAGGGCAAUGUGCAAAGUUAGGAAUGUUGGGGGAAAACGUUAAUCGCGUUGCAUUAGAAGCGCAUACAAAUGAAAAAAAAAACAAAUUAAAAUUAUUAA